UGCAAGAAUAAAAAGGCACCUGUGGAACACAUCAUCCUCUUCUUUGUCUUUAGCCAUUCUGACGUGUGUAAGAAAUGGAUUCGCUGCGCAUACUGCUAUACUCUCUCAUAUUCCUGCUGAGUGUGUUUGGUAACCUGCUCAUCAUUGUGGUUUUGGUGGUGAAUAAGCGAAUGUGGACGGUGACCAACUCAUUCCUGCUCUCCCUGGCCAUUAGUGAUCUCAUGAUGGCUGUUUUCUGCAUGCCCUUCACUCUUAUUCCCAACCUGCUGGAGGAUUUCAUCUUUGGAGCUGCCAUGUGCAAGAUUGUGGCCUAUCUUAUGGGAAUCUCCGUCUGCAUAUCUACCUUUAGUCUGGUGGCUAUAGCCAUUGAGAGGUACAGUGCCAUUUGCGACCCACUAAAGUCCCGGGCAUGGCAGACUCGAUCCCAUGCCUACAAAGUCAUCGCUUCCACCUGGGUCCUGUCCUUCCUCAUUAUGACACCCUAUCCCAUCUUCAGCACACUGGUGAAGUUCACCAAGCCCAACAAUAUUACAGCUCACAUGUGCCGCCAUGACUGGCCAAAGAGCGAGGUGGAGCAAGCGUGGUGCAUCCUGUUGCUAUUUGUUCUGUUCUUCAUUCCUGGAGUGGUGAUGAUCAUCGCUUAUGGGCUCAUUUCUCGAGAACUCUACCGUGGAAUACAGUUUGAAAUGGAGCAGAAGAAGGGACAGAGUGGAGUUCAGUACGAGAGGAAGAUAUUAUAA